AUGACCAUUACGGACUUCACCGUGCGCAAAAAGAGCUACCACUACCUCACCACCCAGGCGAGCUACCCAAACCAUGAUUCCAAGGCGGUCCUCGAUGCCUUUGAUCCCACCAAGGACCUUCAGUUGCAAGAUCUAAACAGCCUUGUCGAAAAGGGUGUACAAGGAGGCGCCCCGGCCUGGUACACAACGGUUGGCGAAAAGAAAGAGCAGCAUUUUGAUAAAUUGUACGUGCUGGACCAUGACGUUCUGGAGAACGGGAGCGACCCACUGGCAUUCUCUUGGCCGGCAAAGGCCUUCUCGAAAACCGAUCCGGGUAUGGUUCCAAAGUUGGAGGCGUGGUUGAUAAACGAGGAGCUCGAGCAGGAUCGCUCCAAGUUGUUCGUGAUGGAGGAUAUCACCGAUGAAGAUCCUGAGACGGCUUACAACCUACUGGUUACACGCAAGCAAAUGCCCAUUCCCAAGGAGUUCUUGGAUAUCACUUGGGACGGAUUGUUGGCACACGAAGUCUUGCGAUUGGUGAUUGACAGAAUCAAGAUUCUCGCCAACAGCAAGGAGCCUGAAAAAAAUUCGGAAAUGCAGCUUUUGAAGAACGUCGGAGAACCUGCUGUUCUCACUGCGACAUCUGCCCGACGCUGGGUUUCCAGAGUAAUUAAUUUGGAUUUCGCCGGAUUGGACUCGGAGGACUCAACUGGAGAUUCCUCCAACAAGACCUAUGAACUGCUCACCAAGACCUUGGCGGCCGUCGAGGAGAGUAAUAAGACAACCAAGACCUCCGUGGAAUCGCUUUCGGAGGUAGUGGUAGCGGGUAUCCAGGGACAAGCAUCGGACAAGGUGCCCCCAAAUACAGUGGAAAAGAAGUGGCCCACAAGGCUCUCCUACCUGAAGAGAGUUGCUGGUACCACGACCUCAGCUCAGCUUCCCACCCUCUGGCACGAGCUAGCAAAGUGUAAGAAGCACAAAUCAAUUGGAAUUGUGCAGUCCCUGCUGGACGAUGAGGCUGGCAAACUGAACCUCAAUCUGGAAUUCAUCGUUUCAGCCCGUGUAAUCAAGAGCUUGGUGGAAUUGGAAUUAUGUUUGCGCGGAGACAUUGAAAAGGAUUUGAACGUGUUUAAUAGUGUCUGUUUCCAGCACUACAAAAAUGCCAAUGCGAUAAACGAUUACAACAAGAGCAAUUAUUGGUUGACAGGCAAAAAGACGACCGCUUCAAUGAAAGAUCAUCAAGCCCACAACAAGAUCAAGCAUGCUAUCUUCCCAAAGGAUCCCAUGCAGUUCUGUUUGCAAAGAAUGUGGAUUCAAUUGCACGAAAGAUGGGAGUGUCCAACUCCCAGCAGGAGCGAGCACUCGAGAGAUUUCUCUUUGGAAUCUAUUUCCAAAUUGAUUGUUACUGAGCAUUUGGUAAGAUCCGGCACAAACGCAGAAGAGAACCUACCCGACUUGGGCACCUACAUGGAGACAUGCUACCAUGGAGGAAGCCUACAAGAGUCAAACUUGUUUGUCGUCGCAAAGGACACCGUCGGACAUGGUGGAACAGGAGACAAGACUGAGAGCCAGUUCAAGAGAGAGAAGCAAAGGGCCCAGAAGAAGAGCCUGGGUGAAUCAGAAAAAAAUCCUGACAUGAACGAAGAACAUCGCUACACCGGAAGAACUACUACUGAGUUAAUCAAACGGACAGGCGAACAGCCUCCAAAGCACGCCAACGGAAAGGAACUGUGCCUCAUUUGGCACACAAAGGGCGAAUGCAAGGAGCACUGUGAACGCAAGCAUUCUCAUUAUGAUGCUGCACCAGACAUUGAUAAGCUUCCGCACCCUGCCGCACCAAUGCUACACCGAGUAAUGAAAAAUGGGGCUCCUGUGGUGGUUCAUUCGGAGCCAUGGAGCCAGAGCCAGCUCGACAUGCGAGUCGCUCGGCGCUGUCACUCAUAA